AUGAAUCAACUUAACUACCUGAUACAAUAUGUAGAUUAUGUUUUAGUGCUAAAGAAUCAAUCGAUUGAUGGGUGUGCUUGUAUGAAUAAACAUGGUAGAAUUAAAGGUUAUGAAAAAGUAAUAGUUGAGAUUAUUAAAUCAUUGAUCAAUCGUUAUGAAAUACCAGAUAUUGUGGUAAUUGAUCAUGUUAAACAUCUUGUUUACAUUAUAGAAGUCUGUGUAAUAUUGAAUUUAGACAAGCUGAAAAGAUAG